AUGCAGCGCGUGCUGCACCAGCAAGACAAGAGCCAGUCCAGCUGCGAGUCCGUGCCACCCGCCGCGCCCCAUGUCGCUGUCUCCUCCUCGUCGUCGCAAAGCGUUAAUAAGAGCGCGCGGCGUCACGUCGCCACGUCGUUCAAUCACCUCAAUGCCCAUCCUAAAAGUCACAGUAAUGCUAACCAUCACCACUCGGACAAGCAUCCCCACCACAGCCACCACCGCCACCAUCCUCCUCAUCCCCAUCACCAUCUCCAGACGGCGGGACCGUCAACAGCUCAAGAUCAAGUGGUUGUCGGCCUCUCAGCGUCGACAGAAGAUGAAGUGGAGGACUGGAGCAGUGACUUCCUGGCCGCAGAUCGUUCGCGGACGUGCUGGCGGCGCUCAGACAGUAGCACGACGGACCACCUCGUGUUGUCGGACACGUCUUCCAAGUGCCACAGUAGCAGUAGUAGCAGCACUUCUAAUGGUGUUAAUGGUGUCACGGGAAGAGCACGAGGUCCACGAAGCAGUGAAGUGGGGGUCGCAAGCAGCGGCAGCAGCGGCGUCGAAGAUGACGACGCGAGAGGGUUCCAUAGCUCGCACGUGUCUCUUGACAGCACGUCGAGAGACGGACGGACGCAGGUGACGGACCAGCACGAACUUGCUGAUGACAGCGAUGAAGACUGGGACGUCGAGUUUGGCUUUGAGGAGGACCACGCAGAUGGAAGAUCACGUGGAUCGAUAGACAGUAUGGAUCCGACGAGGAGGAGAGCAGAGAAUGGCAAUUUCUUUCUCCCUAAUUUGCACAAAGUGCUGGAUGGAGAGACAUUGCUUGAUGAUGACGAUGAUGAUAAUGGCGAUGGAAACAAUCGUUUAAUGUUUAGCUUGGAUGCAGCAGGACGACGACAGAGGAGGUUGUCGGAAGAGCGGAUUUUUCAAAGGAGACGCAGUGACUGCUGUCAGUCAGGACCGAGUGCGGACGGAAGCUUGGAUGGAAUCCGUGGCAGCUUUGCGUCUAAAGCGUCGGCAUCUUCGUCGAGUGCAAUAAAGUAUUCACUUGUGGACAAACUGCGGCUCAUGGAGGUGGCCAACUCAUCGGCGUAUGCGGUCAGGAUAGAACGGUAUCCUAAACCUUCGAGCAGUUUUAGUAACCUGGAGCAAGAUCGCACUAGCUUUCCCAGCUUUAGCGAGAACAAGUACGAGCAAUGGCUAGCCAGUCUGGUGGCGCAGGACUGCGCGACGGUAUCACAUUUUAUGGACACGGAGCGGAAUCGGCUGCCACCGCCGAGACAGUUGAAGAGUCGAUUAUUCCACGCACUUGUUUCGCUCCCGUUUGGUCGCGAGUUUGUAAACACGUUUUAUCGACAGAUCACGCAUCACCGGUACUUUGGCGAGGACAAGGAAAACCUCGAGAUCGUGCGGAUGUAUUUUGAAAAGAUAUCGACUACGACUAUGACCGACGAGAGCUGGUCUCAGAGUUUAUCUGAGAACGACUUAUCGUUUGUCGUUGGAUGCAGUAUUGAAAUUUUACAGGAGGCCGCGCGUUUGUAUGGCCCCAAGCCUGUUUUGCCGCUUGCAACGCACUUGUCGCUUACGACGCUGUCUACUUCGUCAUCGUCACAAGGCAACAAGACUACUAUUUAUUGGAUCCAGCAGUUUCAGGACAUUUUGGGGCAUUGUGCGGAAGCUUUCCCGCACUAUAUAAACGUUAUCGCGCUCAUCGAACUCCGGUAUGUGUGUCACCACUUGGCAGGCUUCGCUAGUGGUGAGUACGAGUACAGGUGGCAGAUGUGUAAGCAACUGCCUACAUUCUUGUCUCCAGAACCGGUAGUGGGUGAUUCUGCGCCGCAGAUCGUGACUGAAGUUCUCCUCUACUAUGGUGCUCUAUUUAAGCACUUGAAUACGAGUCCCGAAAGUCGCAGCAGUCGAUACGAAGGACAUGAGUCGUCUCGCGAGAAUCAGGAACCACAAGCUGGGGAUGCGAGACCGUUUGCGCUACCAUCGGAUGUCAUUUGCAUGCAGGCGCUUGUUAUUUGCGACAUCCAGAGUUUGUAUGCAAGCAAGAGUGCUUUGGCAGAAAUUUUUCUGCCUGCUCUUGAAGAGCUUUUUGAGUUUGGAGACGACGAGGCAACGGUAGACCCCACUCUCGUAGGUUUGGUGCCUCACAAUCGUGACAGUCGUAGCAGUUCGUCUUCGUCUAGUCCCGAUUACAGCGACAAUGGGUAUGAACGUGGCGAUUUGCCGAAAGGACUUGGUGGGUGGAGUGCUACCAAAAAGCUGUUUGAGCUGCUAAGUGUGUCGCCUUGCACUCGAAUUUUGGCGCUAAGUUUUUUCUACGAGCGAAUAGGAGCCAUGGAGUAUCCUCUGGUGAAAGCGAAGUGUGCUCUAGCUUUGGCUAGCAUGCACGUUUCGUCCAUUGCAUCUCAAGGUAAAUUGAAAGUGGCUGAGUCUCUUGCAUAUGAAGCUUUGCGUCUGCUGAAGUCGCGGUCGACAAAAUAUGUGGCAAACGUUACCAACAUGAUAUCGUUGCAGAGCCGCGAGAAGAUCACACCGGCAUCGUACCUCAGCAAUUUUAGUAACGACGGGCUUCUCUCCGACUUAGGUCGUGAGGUGCUCGAAGGUCUGGGCAACAUCUUGAUAAAGAACAACAAAUACCGCUAUGGCAUCUUGUGUCUGGAAGCUGCGGGGGCUCUGUUUAAAUUCUUGAAUCAGGGACGUGAGUAUGAAAAACUUGAUCGACUUAUGUGUAAGCUCACGCUAGAGGCUGAUGAUGUGAAGCGGGCGCUUCCACUGCACGAGAAAGUGACAUGCGCUGCUCAACAGCAAGGCAACAUCACGGUCUAUGUGUAUCUGACCCAGGAGAUGACCAAGCUUUGGAUUCGCGAGGGAAAUUUUACUCGGGCCGAAGAAUUUCUGGCAGCUUCGUGUCACUUUCUGCGAGACAACACGAAUCUGCUCCCGCCACAUUUUCUGUCGCCCAUUGGUAGCGGAAGUUAUUCGGGUAGCGAGGCGCACUCUAGUCGAAGCGGCACGAUGAUGACAGCCACGUCAAGCUCGGUGUCGUCUUCUCUUUCUGGAUCGUUCCACCUCUCGUCGCGUAGUAUAGGAAAUGCAAGCGAGGUGGAUACUUGGCUGAACCAUGACGUGAAUUUGCAUCUGCUCGUUCGGGAUGUCUAUCACUCGAGUGGACGAUGCUUGGAAGGGCUGCGCGUUCUUGAACAUCUUUUGAAUUAUAGCACGCGAUUGCCUCGCGGAAAGCGCACACAGCUGCGCAUGUUGCUUGCAGAGGAUGCACUGAAGAUGCGAUUGUUUGACACAUGUCGUCACAUGUUUUCCUUAAUGGAAAGGGAGGCUGCGGCAUUUUGCGAUCGGCUUCGGGAGAACAUAAAAGGCGUUAGUGGACCAGGAAGCAGCAGUGGAACUGGACCUGGGACCAGCAGUAGUGGUGGCGGUAAAAGUCUUGGUGGCAUGGGUAGCGAAGCUCGCUAUUGUUUCGACAUGUCUUUCACCCUUCGCUACAUCAUUUGUCGAGCGAAGAUGCACUUGAAACUCGGCGACUUUAGUAACGCGUUUGCGUGGCUUUCGUUGGCUCACGUUAAGAAUGACCGUGACAAUGUUAGGACGCAAGCCCAGUUGUAUGUUCUUGACGGCAAAGUGCUUCGCGCUUACUGUCGAGCACAGCAGAAUCGCGAGCUUGAUCGUCGCCACAGUGGUGAAAACUCAACUCGGCGGCGGCGUUCGAUAGGUGUGACAUUUGUUGGAAGCGUUGUAUCAGCAGCGCAGGUUGACGAGAUGCUCAAGCCCCUGGGCGUUUCGUUAUAUGGCCUGAGCACGGACGAGAAACAGCGCCUGCAUGAGCGAAUGGUCCAGUAUGGGACAUGCGUUCAAGAUAGUGGACAAGCCGAAGAGCAGGCGCAAAAUGCGUUCUGGACAGCCUAUGAUCUUUACCGUCUUUUGGAAGACAGUCUAUAUCAACUCAAAGUGUUGCUAGAGAUUGUCGCCUUUAUGCUAGCUCCAAUCCAGCAAUCAUUCUUCGCUUUGGGCAGUAACCAGAGCGAUGAGAUGCUGAAGACGCAUUUGCACCGUCAGAGGUACCGAAAAGGAUCCUUUGUGCUUGAGCUGGAUGAUCUCAAUAGUGAUGAUACGAUUGAAAAGACUCGAAAGACGUUGUUGGAAGCGCAAAAACUGCUUCGGCCAGCAUUGGAUUUAGCAGAACAAGUAGCUAGUCCCGCGUGUUCCGUCCAGACGCUGAUUUUUUGUGGUGAAGUUUGGGUGUGGCUGGAGCGCAUUGCCGCAUAUAAACGCGAGAAACACUUGAAAGAAGCGACAGCAUUUUGGGAGGAGGCUGUUUGCAUAAUGAAGGGUGUAUUUUUCCGACGCGUAGCAUUUCAUGAUGUUGCAGAGGCAAACGCGUUGCAGUCAUCUAGGUUUGGAAGCAAUUUUACGAUGCCGUACGCCCGAGGACCACAGAGGGGACGAUUUUGUGUGGUGCCAAUUCUCAAUUUUAGCGAAGGAUUCAUUGUGAAGCUAGAAGCGAUGACUCUGCAACUGAUCUUCACAGCCUGUCAAAUUCAGCAGUUUGAACGCGUACCCGACUACGUGCAAGAAAUAUUGCACGAUCACCUUGACGAACUAUUGAGUGCUCGAAUGUGUCUGAGUAGUAUUGUGAACCAGCUACAAACGUUUCGAGCAAUGCAAAGGUCUCACAAGCGACUACCUCGAACUGGAAUAUCGAAUCCGACAGUAGUGUCUGUAGCCGGACCAUCCGUUUCUAGCAUUUCUGUAUCCAGUGUAAGCAGCAGCAACUCAAGAUCGUCGUCGUUUUCUGCUGCGAUCCCUUUGCCGUCACCACAAAUGAGUAGGAGAGGAAAGCAGGUAUCUACGACAUCUCCAAUUAGUACUGGGGUAGCAGGGGGAAAGCGAACUGGUCACAAGAAGAACCAGUCAAUGUCAUCUAUAUCGGAGUUGCUGGCGUCAACCUCCUCGUCACCGUAUCAGCUUGGCGCUGGAUCGUGUGCUGGACAUGGUGGUUUGAAAAGCUCGGCGACACCUCGAACGGGCUUGGCCUCGUUGAGCGAACGGUCAAACUUCCCACCGCAUCAGACUUCAGCUGUAGCGAAACCGGGGAUUGUGACUUGUGGUCAUGCAGGAGUAAAAAAGAGCGGCGAAUGUAAGCCGCGACAAUACACUCGAGAGCGGUCUCGUUCGGCUCCACAGCCAGAAGUAAUCCAAUUGCUGUCUCCAAGUGCGAGUUCGGCGAUUUCGAGGAAGGCCGAUGGGUUUCCUCAUGAGGUGGGAAGUUUCGCAGAAUUGGGGGAGAGCGAUGAUAAUGCGAUGAAGCGUAUGUCAUCUGUGAAGUUUGUCGAUCUCGGGGAUCUGAAGGCCCUACCAUCCGGAGGAGACUUUGUAUUGGAGCGUAGCAAUCGCUUUGGUUUCGACGAAGGCAGCAGCUCGAACGGUGCCAUUGGUCUAUGUGAUUUUGAUGAAGUGCAGUCCGAGAAACUAUGGUGGAUAUUCAAUCUGUGGCGGGAUGCGAAGUCUAAGCAUGCAGGAGGAAAAUUUGGGACGUCUGAUUUUCGGUCGCGGAACUUGCGUUACCUCCGGACGUUAUUGGACGCCUUUGAUCCUCAGCAAAUUGCUGUGCUUUACUAUGGAGGAGACAACACGUCUACAGUUCCGGUUGCUACACCUGGGGGGACUCGAGUUGUAUCAGAUAUAAACACUAGGAACCCUAACGGGAUGCUGGAUUUUGACGUUUCACGCAUGAAUUGCCACGCGUUGAUUCAAGAUGGUCAGCAUGUGCUUUCAAUCGGAUACGAUUACGCUCCGGAAGCGCGGGCACAUUUUGGCAUGCAUGGGAAGCUUCAGUAUAAAGUAUUUAAUGUGCAGAAGGGCGAUACAAGAUCAUGGCGUCACGAGAUCCCUCGCCCGGCUUGGUAUGUGUCUGAGUACGACAUGAUGGAGGCUGAGGAAGCUGCAAUUGGUACUGGAGUCCUGCGCACAAUGCGAUUGCUUGGUGCAAAACUAUUGUUAAAGCUACUAGGGGUGCUGUUGUUAGAGAGUUCUGUUGUGGUGGUGGGUACUUCGUAUCCGCAGAUUCAGGAGGUGACUACGAGUUUGCUGAAGCUACUAGAGCCGUUCCAGUGGCAGCACACGUUCUUGCCUUUUGUACCUGUCACGUCCUGGAGAUUUCUUUACGAUGCUGCUAGUCAGCAUGCGCAAAUGAAGCUUGCGGCUCGACCAAAAGGUCGCCAUUCAUUCUCUCGACUCUCGCAUGAUUGGCGGGCGUGGGGCAGCGGAAGUGGCAGCUCGUACUUCUCGUCGCGAGGAAGCAGCGAUAGCCAAAGUAGUAGCGGGACAAUCAAUAUGACGCCCGGUGCUGCGGUAGAACCAAUGGAAGACGAGCCUCCGUUUUUACUCGGCGCUACGGCUGAGACGUGGCAGAGCUGUUUGGCCUUUUCCAAGAAGUCCGGCAACGAUCCUCGUCUUCUUUCGUCCUGCGUUGUAGUAGUUGAUCUGGAGGAUGUGGACUCGCUCGCAGCCGACAAGACACUCCGAAAUGCUGUACCACUGCCUAAGAAAUGGCGAAGACAGUUUUUAGAGCGGAUCGAGAAGGUCACGAGACAGCGCCAUCGAAUACUCGUCAAGAUGAGUCGCCGACACUCUUCGCAGCACCUUGAGUCAAGUCGUGGGCCGACAACACCAGCUUCUGCAUCGGGUGUAUCGUCCAUGCGGUCACCUGCAAGGGCGUAUCUUCCAAUGGAUGACACGUUGGGAAGUUUUGAUGACGCGCUUAGUACAAGCUAUUCUGGGUCUAGUUGGAUGAUAACGCCCGGCUCAGCGAGUGCCGUAUCCGAAGCGGACAGUAACUACCUAUUGCUCCAGUCACGAGUGCGGUCGUCGGAUCCGAAUGGCCUUCACAAGCGAAAACAUUACGAUGCCGAAUGUGCUGCAACAUUUGUGAGCGGUUUGCGCGAAUUUUACGACAAGUUGUCAACGUUGUGUGCGGAGAGAGAGCGUAAGACAACUGGCAGCAAGAAGAAGAAGAAGAGUCUUAGCAGCAGUGGUCACUCGAAGCGGCAGGAAAUCAAGUCGUGGUUUUCGUCUUCACACGAUUUCGAUGCAUUUGUAAGCAACUUCUACACGACGGAUUUGUUUGUGGCUUACGAGAAGGAAAAAGAAGCAGCGCAGGAGGAAGCCCAAGUGCACGCGAGAGGAGUCGUGCACCAGCUCGAGCGCCAUUCCAGUGAGCACGAGGUCGACUCUAAUACGAGCAGCCGUAGUGCCUCACGAUUUGGGACAACGCCCAAGUCUCUUUCGAAUUCUUUUACGUCGCAGCAGCUCAAGAGCAUUGGCAGCUUCAGCAGUUUGACGGCUAGCAAUCGCAGCUCUGGUGGCCAUGAUCGGCGGCGGUGA